CAGAAGCGCUUCACCUCUCUUUUUUUCCCCUUCUUCUUAUCUCUUCUCUGUCUAUUCCUUCCUAGGGUUUGCAAGGGUGGCGGCGGCGCGUGCUUGGCCUGGGUGAGCCGGCGCACAGGGGCAAGGCGGCGGCGGGUCGCGGCUGUGGCGGCGCGUCGCGGCUGUGGCGGCGCGGGCGUGGGCUGCGGAGGCGCGCGCGGCUGCAGCGGCGCUAGCGGGAGCUCGAGCCGGCGCGCGAGCAGGGGCUGCGGUUAGGCGGCGCGGGUCGGACUGCGGUGAGGCGGCGCGGCGCGCGGCUGCAGCAGCGCCGCGGGCGUGGGCUGCGGAGGCGCGCGCGGCUGCAGCGGCGCUCGCGCGAGCAGGGGCACGGCGACGCUCUCGGGAGCUCAAGCCGGCGCGCGAGCAGGACACGGCGGCGCUGGACCUCAUCACCUUCGAUUCGAAGUGUUCGUAGCCACCAACUGCAGAUCGGGGUUCCCAAUCUCCACGAUGGACAAGAGGACCAAGCUUUUAGUUUGUAUUGCAGCUACAAAUUUAUUGUUGUCGAUGAUGGCCAUGAUUAUUAGGUCUAGAAAAAGAAAGAGGUGUUCAAGGAGAGAAGGUAUUAGAUAUGGCCCAAUGGUUGAAAGGGAUAGAAAAAGAAUUGAGUACCUAGAAACGAAAAUUUGGUGGAACGAUACAACUUGUAUCAACAUGCUUAGACUUAGAAGGGCAAGUUUCUUUCGUUUUUGUAAGCUUUUUAGGGAUCGUGGUUUACUUGAAGAUACCAUUCACAUGUGUAUUGAGGAACAAGUGGCUAUGUUUUUGCAUACAGUGGGGCAUAACCUUAGAAAUAGAUUAGUUCGUACUAAUUUUGAUAGGUCUAGAGAAACAGUUAGCCGUUAUUUCAACAAAGUCCUUCAUGCAAUCGGUGAGCUACGAGAUGAACUAAUCAGGCCCCCCUCAUUGGACACUCCAACUAAAAUAGCAGGAAACCCUAGAUGGGAUCCUUACUUUAAGGAUUGUAUUGGAGCUAUUGAUGGCACACAUAUUAGAGCCUCGGUUCGUAAGAAUGUGGAGUCUUCUUUUCGUGGUAGGAAGUCCCAUGCCACUCAAAAUGUAAUGGCAGCCGUAGAUUUUGAUCUUCGGUUUACUUAUGUCUUGGCUGGUUGGGAGGGGACAGCACAUGAUGCUGUAGUUUUAAGAGAUGCUUUGGAACGUGAAAAUGGCCUCCGUGUCCCACAAGGCAAAUACUAUCUAGUUGAUGCUGGAUAUGGAGCCAAACAAGGAUUCUUGCCUCCUUUUCGUGCUGUUCGGUACCAUCUAAAUGAAUGGGGGAAUAAUCCGGUACAAAAUGAGAAGGAGUUGUUCAACCUUAGACACUCAUCCCUCCGUGUGACGGUUGAACGUGCAUUUGGGUCACUAAAGAGGAGGUUCAAAGUGCUUGAUGAUGCCACUCCAUUCUUCCCAUUUCAAACUCAAGUAGAUAUUGUUGUAGCUUGUUGUAUUAUUCAUAAUUGGGUCGUAAAUGACGGAAUUGAUGAGCUUAUAGCUCCGCCUGAUUGGUCAAGUGAGGACAUUGAUGAAUCGUUAACCGGCCAAGCAAAUGACCAUGCAUUGAUGGUUCAGUUCAGGCAGGGCUUAGCUGAUCAGAUGUGGGCUGACCGUAAUAGCCAUCAUGGAAUGUAAUAUGUAGCUGGGCUACUUGUAUUUCUACCUUAUUUACAAUAUUUCAUUAGUCAAUGAACAUUUUUAUGUAUUUCAUUUGUAUGGACAGCUUGUUGUAGUCCAUUUGCUAAAUUGCAUUUGUAUGGAUAAAUCUAUUGUUGUAUGCUGAAUUAUGGUUUGAUGAAUGCUGAGUUGGUUGACAUAUUGUUGAA